AUGAAUGGUCAUGAUGAGGCACCCGCCCUGUACGCACGAGUGCUGGAGCUCGAGGCAGAACUACAGUCAACUAGAGCUCAACUGAACUCUGUGAAGGGAUCCGGCUCGAAGGUGGUGACCGAACUCCAUAGCAAGGGAAGUGUAGAGGCUGUCCCUAUACCCAUUUCCCUAUCGCUCGACUCGUCAAUCCACAACCUGAUGCUUCUCUCCGACUCGGCCCUGCCACUAGGCUCGUUUGCCUACUCCAGCGGCCUGGAAUCCUUCCUGGCUCACCACAAAGCAUCAGGAACGAGGGAGACCAACCUUGCCCUCUUCCACAAGUUCCUGAAGCUCUCCAUCCAGUCGAUGGCAUACACCAAUAUCCCCUACGCUCUUGCAGCGUUCCGCGACCCUAUGGCGCUGUCAGGUCUCGACAACGACCUCGACGCAUCCACGCCCUGCAACGUGGCAAGGCGGGCCAGUAUUGCUCAAGGUCGUGCUCUUCUCAGCGUGUGGGAGAGAGCCUUCUUCGCGACAGCCAGACAGGGCCAUAAGGACCACGUCAUAUAUGAGGUUGCCGCCACUGCCUUGAACGUCUUCUCCAGGGACCUGAAAAUCUUAUCUAUCACCACCGCCCCAUUGGAAAUCCCAUCCAUCAACGGACAUUUUGCCCCGCUCUGGGGCACCGUCUGCCGAGCCUUACGUCUCUCUCUCGAAGAUGCGGCAUAUGUUUUUCUUCUCAACCACGCCAAAGCAGUUGUGUCGGCGGCCGUUAGGGCGAGUGUCAUGGGUCCCUACAUGGCGCAGACCGUACUUGCGAGCAGAGAUUUGCAGGAGCUAAUCAGGGAAUGCUUGCGGAAGGUGUGGUGGUUGAGCACGGAGGAGACGGGACAGGUCGUUCCUAUGCUGGAUCUUUGGAUUGGGCGGCAUGAGUUGCUUUACAGUAGGAUUUUUAACUCGUGA